AUGUGCAGAUUUUUUUCCUUUCUGAAUUAUUUUGCUGCUCAAUCAUCAGCUUGGCUUCGCGUCUUUGUUUCUCUUGAUCGAUAUUUAUCAUCAAGUUUUCUUCAUCGAACAUGGUUUAGCAAAUCAAAAAAUGUUCUUAUCAAUAUUGCAUGCAUUAUGAUCAUUCUUUUUCUUCUUAACUUUCAGUUUUUCAUUUUUGCUUGUUAUUAUAGAGCAAAUGGUACAAUUAGUGUGUUUUUUUUAGCUUUUCAAAUAUAUCCACUAUGGGAUUAUAUUAAUUUGGCUGUAUACAACUGUGCACCAUUUGUAUUGAUGGUUACAUUUAAUAUUGGUGUAAUUUACCAUUUGUUUCGUCUUCGUCGUACAACUAUUGUGCAAAAUUCACGUAUUCAGCAUCGAUCUAUUUCAAUUGCGCUGGUCAUUACAACAUUUCUGUUUCUUAUUAUGACUAUACCAGCAACUGUAUGUUAUGCAUUCUUUUACGAAUCGAAUCUUACUCUUUUACAUUUAUUGGAUGGUAUUCUCUACACUUAUCAUAUAUUAUCAUUUCCGUUAUACAUGAUUACACUUGAAGAAUUUCGACGAGAAUUCUUGGCAAUGGUUAUAUGUAAGAGAAACAAUGAAAGAGUUGCACCACAAAUGCCAGCUGGUGUUUUACAACAAAAAAUGAAUGAAAUAAAACCUACAUUUAAUACUUGA